UCCGUCAGCCGCUUUUUUGCUAGCUCAGCGCAUUCAUAGCUCUGCUGUUAGUGCUGCUCGCUCUUGCUUACUGCCAGCAAGGACACGCUCGCCAUCUCAGCAGACCUCUUUUUUUCGUGCCUUUAGCACGCUCCAGCACACAGCUUCGACUAGCUCGAAUCCCGACGUAAUACCGGUUGAUCCAGACAAAGAAGAAAAACCAGCCAUGGCGGCGUCGCUUUCUUCGUCUGCGGUGCGAUCUGUUGCCAGCUUCGGCCAGACCAUCGCCGGCGGACGAUCCCUAUCCCAGACGAAGCCUGCUCCCGCUUUCGUCAAAUCCGCAGCUCGUAAGGGCUUUCGCGCGGAGGCGAAGCCUACAGCGGAAGCUACAUUGACCGGUGUUGUGUUCGAGCCGUUCGCGGAGGUGCAGAGCCAGCUCACCCAGGUGCCAGCUGUCAUCCAGCCGCAGGAGUCGUUCGCCCGGCAGAACUACUCCUCGGCUGCGGAGGCGGGGAUUAACGAGCAGAUCAAUAUCGAGUACAACAUCUCGUACGUGUAUCAUGCGCUGUACUGCUACUUCGACCGCGACAACGUGGCCCUGCCAGGCUUCGCCAAGUACUUCAAGGCCGCCAGCGCUGAGGAGCGCGAGCAUGCAGAGAAGCUGAUGGAGUACCAGAACAAGCGUGGCGGCCGGGUGAAGCUGCAGUCGAUCCUGAUGCCCGCGACCAUGGAUUUCGACCAUCCCGAGAAGGGCGACGCUCUCUACGCCAUGGAGCUCACUCUAGCUCUAGAGAAGCUCGUCAACGAGAAGCUGUUGGCCCUUCACCAGGUGGCGGCAGAUGCUGGGGAUGUCCAGCUCACUGACUUCCUUGAAGGCAACUUCUUGAACGAGCAGGUUGAUGCUAUCAAGCAAGUUUCUGACUACGUUUCCCAGCUGAGACGUGUGGGCAAAGGUCAUGGUGUGUUCCAUUUCGACCUGCAACUGGAGGCAGGAGCGCACUAAAAAAAGCUUGUGGGAGCACUGUAGCAACUGAGGUUGAAGUUGGGUUAUGAUGAGAAAUGGUACAGUUUGUAUCUCCUAUGGGCAGAACCUCUUGUGGUUAUCAUUCGAGCGUAGCCUGUGAACAGACACAAGCUACCUGGAUUCAUAUCGAGUCUGGCCCAGCCAAUUUGACUAACAGCAGUAUGGCAAAGAACUAAAUCAAGAUUAAACUU